GAGAGCCGCGAGCCGGCCAGGAGCGGGGAGGCAGGCAGGAAGAAAGAAAAAGAAAAACCCAACAACUCCGGGCAGCACUCUCACUUAAACCAAUAUGGAUGUCUGCUGACCAGAUGCUAGAGAGCUACAUAUUAGCGUCAGAAGGUGAUUGCUUCUUACAAUUUCUGUCCCUAUUCUGAAGGAGAUAGCCUGGGUGCUGUGGAAAUGAACGGAGAACAGCAGCUUGACACAGAUGCUGGAUCUGGGUUGGAGGAAGUGGAAUUUAACUGGGAUGAAUAUCUAGAAGACACAGGAUCCAUAGCAGCUCCACAUGGGUCCUUUAAACAUGUGGACACAAGUCUGCAGAAUGGAUUUGCUCCUGGCAUGAAACUAGAAGUUGCAGUAAAAUCUGACCAUGAAAUUUACUGGGUUGCUACCAUCAUCACCACAUGUGGGCAGUUACUCUUGUUGCGUUAUGAUGGCUAUGGAGAGGACCGAAAGGCAGAUUUCUGGUGUGAUAUCAGGACAGCUGAUUUACACUCUAUAGGUUGGUGUGAGCAGAAUAAGAAGAUUCUCAAAGCACCUGAAGGUAUCAAGGACAAGAUUUCUGAUUGUAAUGAAUUCUUACGGGAGACUCUGAAAGGAGCAUGCACUGCUCCUUCUAACCUGCUAGAGGGCCUUCAUAAAGGGAAAAAUCCUUUGGAUCUCAUUGCACCAGGCUCUAGACUGGAAUGUCAAAAUUUCCAAGAUUCUUUAAGCACUUGGAUUGUUAAUGUGGCAGAUAAUAUUGGGGGAAGGUUGAAGUUGCACUAUGAAGGUCUGGAGAAUUCUGACCAGUUUGAACAGUGGUUAUUUUACCUAGAUCCAUUCCUUCAUCAAGUUGGUUGGGCCUCUCAGCAAGGAUAUGAACUUCAACCUCCAACAGCCAUUAGACAUUUGAAAAAUGAGGCAGAGUGGCAGGAGAUCUUAACCAAAAUUAAAGAGGAAGAAGAAGAAUCAGUGAUACCAUCUGACUUAUUUAAGGAUAAACCAGUGAUUGGUCAUCACACAUUCUCUGUAAACAUGAAAUUGGAAGCGUUAGACCCCUUGGCUCCUUUUGCAAUUUCUCCUGCUACAGUUGUGAAGGUGUUCAAUGAGAAAUAUUUUUUGGUGGAAAUCGAUGAUUUGCGACCAGAGAUUACCACAAGACGAUCCUUUGUGUGCCAUGUUAAUAGUGCUGGCAUUUUCCCAGUACAUUGGAGUUUAAAGAAUGGUUUACAUCUCAGCCCUCCUCCUGGCUACCCAAAUCAGGAUUUUGAUUGGGCAGACUACCUCAAACAGUGUGGUGCUGAAGCUGCUCCACAAAGUUGCUUUCCUUUGCCAAUUUCAGACCAUGGCUUUAAGGAGAACAUGAAGCUUGAGGCAGUGAAUCCUACUGACCCUGAAGAAGUAUGUGUUGCUACUGUUACUGCAGUGAAAGGUUCCUAUCUGUGGCUCCAGUUGGAGGGCUCAAAAAAGCCAGUUCCUGAAUGCAUUGUAAGUGUGGAAUCCAUGAAUAUCUUCCCCGUGAGUUGGUGUGAAACCAAUGGAUACCAGCUCCAAUCCCCUCGUCGAGCAGUAGUGAAUAAACAGAGGAAAGUUGCAGUAGUUCAACCAGAAAAACAAGUCUUGCCUUCGAGGAUGGUCCAUGAAAAUCUGAAGAACCAGGAGCUGAAUCCCUCCGAUUCAGUCACAAUUAAUGGGAAAUACUGCUGUCCAAAGAUCUACUUCAACCACCGUUGCUUCUCAGGGCCUUAUCUCAACAAAGGAAGAAUUGCUGAACUGCCUCAGUGUGUAGGACCAGGGAACUGUGUUUUGGUUCUUAAAGAGGUUCUCACUUUACUGAUCAAUGCAGCCUAUAAACCAAGCCGUGUUCUUCGGGAGCUUCAGCUAGAUGAAGAUUCUGUGUGGCAUGGACAUGGGGAAACUCUAAAAGCCAAAUACAAAGGGAAAAGCUAUCGUGCUACAGUUGAGAUAGUGCGUACAGCCGAUCGGGUGACUGAUUUCUGCCGGAAAACUUGUAUAAAAUUGGAAUGCUGUCCUAAUCUCUUUGGUCCUCAAAUGGUUCUGGACAAGUGUUCUGAGAACUGCUCUGUAUUGACAAAGACCAAAUACACACACUAUUAUGGAAAAAAGAAAAAUAAAAGAAUUGGACGACCUCCUGGGGGACAUAGUAACUUAGAGUGCGUCAUAAAGAAAACAAGCAAGAGAAGGAAGAGGAGAAAGAACUUCUUUGUCCAUAAGAAGAAGCGCUCCUCAGCAUCUGUAGAUAACACACCAGCAGGUUCUCCCCAGGGUAGUGGGUGUGAAGAUGAUGAUGAUCAGGAUGAAGUAGAUGAAGAAUCUUUAAGUGAAGAUAGUGCCUCUGAACAGCAAGAUGAGCUGCAGGAAGAAUCAGAAGUGUCAGAAAAGAAAUCAUGCUCUUCCUCUCCUUCCCAAAGUGAAUUGUCUCAUUCAUUGGCUCAGGAUAGAGACAAGAGAAAAAGAAAACUUCGCACUUUUUCUUUCUCUGAUGAUGAGAAUAAACCUCCGUCACCAAAGGAAAUAAAGAUUGAAGUGGCUGAAAAACUGCAGCUGGACAGUAACCCACUGGAAUGGAGUGUGGCUGAUGUUGUGCGGUUCAUCAAAUCUACAGACUGUGCUCCAUUAGCAAGAAUAUUCCUGGAUCAGGAAAUUGAUGGGCAGGCCCUACUACUCCUUACCCUUCCCACUGUUCAAGAGUGCAUGGACUUGAAGUUGGGCCCUGCUAUCAAGCUUUGCCAUCACAUAGAGAGGAUCAAGUUUGCCUUUUAUCAGCAGUUUGCUAACUGAGAAGAUGACCAAGGUGAACUGGACCUUUGAAGCACAAAUGCAGUGAGCCAUUGGUCUCUCUCUGAGAUGGCAUGCUGACUUUGGUGACUUCCAGAUGUCUGCUUGCUGUGAUUUUGCACUUUCAGGGAAGGAAGACCACACACAUGAAGUAAAACAAUGCACACUAAGUGUCUCCCCUGCCAGUGGAAUUGUGGUAGUCCUUUGUUCAUCAAAUUACGUUUUUUUUUUUUUUAAAUAAAAGAUUGUGGGAAAGGAAAAAGAGACUCCUGUGAGGGGAAUAAGUGUCUCACAAGUUAAGGUGGUGUGGACUAAGAACUAAGAUUCAUAUCCUAGGCUGCUGGAAAAGACUUUUUCUUUUGCUUUUCUUUUUGUUCCUUCCCAUGGUAGGUUGACAUGUUCCCUGCUUCCUUUUCUUGGCUUUAACUUAGCACUGAUAUAAGGCUGUGCCUUAAGUAAGACCA